AGCACUGACAAAGCUGUGAAAAGGGAAGUGGUGGGCAAGGAAAACAGGGGUAAAGUGAUAUCAGCACACACCUUGGGAUCCAAAAGCUAUGCUUGCAAGAGAGACGAGAUGGCAGAAUCUAGACUGGACAAGCGCGAGCCAACCAGAGCCGAGGUUUAUGUUGCUGCUCAACAAUGCAGGUACAUCCUCUUCUUUAACUAGUAAUUUGAAACAUUAUGGGUUACAUUUCUUUCAUUAACAUGACUGUAUUCAUUUGAGCUAUAGGACCAUGUAGUGAUUGAAUCAGAAACUAAUGGGGAUGAAAUGAGUCCCACUGGAUUUGGGAGAGAAGAGGAAAACUUAGGGAGGAGUCCACUGCUUUCCAUGUUGCAAGACACAACUCCACAAAGAACUAUCAAUCAAUCAAAUGAGGUUUCACCAAAUCAUAUUCUCCAAACUUACCUGCCUCAUUACCAUGGCUUAUCAUCUGAAGUGAACUCUUCUGAUAUACAAAACAAGACUUCCCAAAUGCCACCAAACAAGACAUUCUCGUUUUUGGAUUCUAUUUUGGAUUCAUCUCACAAUGGUGGUUCCUCUACCCAAUCACAGAGAUUAGAAUUUGUAAUAUUGAAGAGCUUGUUAAGUCCUGAAGUUAAUGUUGCGUAUGCUAAUAUCAUAACUAAAGAUCCAAAGGGUUGUGUGGCUGGCCAAGAAUUGGGUCGUGGAUUUUAUGAAGUAUUCAUUCACGUCCCUUUUAAAAGUGACGAGCCUUUAGUACGACCAUAUGGAAGUUUUCGAACAAUUGGAGAUGUGAUUGGAAGGAGUAUCGCUUGGCCAUCAUCCUUGGUCACAUUGGCGGAUACCCAAUUAUUUUGAAGAUGCUCAAUCAUAUUGCAGAUAUCUGCUACUUCAUCAAGUUUGGAGAGUAGUUAUAAUAGGACCAUUUAGUUUUUAGUGCUAGUUUUCUUUAUUGGAAUUGGAUAUUAUUUUACUUUGUUUGAAGGAUUUUAGUGUUUUUUUAUAGAUUGGAGGAUUUUAGUAUUGGUACACGGUUUACAAAUGUUACGUAUUCACUGG